AUGACCACCGGCACAAUUGUAAUACAAGGAAAGUCUGCGAAGACUUUGUUUGUAGAAAGCUUCCCCAACCUAAAAGAAUUGAGAGACUUCAUUGCCAGGCAAGAUGAAUCUUUUGAUAUCUCCAGUGUCCACCAGAACUCCCUUUUGGACUCAACAUUAGAGACACACGCGUCAUCAACAACAUUACUGAAGGUGAUAACCCCAUUACCAUUACAAUCAAUUGAAGUAAAAAGUCAUUGCGAAAACAACAAUCAGACAUCAAUUGAAGAACAAAGUAAUUGUGAAGAAGAUUCUCUUGCAGAUGUCUUGCUCUUAUUAAACCAAAUAGAUGAGAGAAACCAAAAGAGAUGUGAUCAACUGGAAUCACUCAUUCGAGACCAAGAAGUCAGAUUUAUGAGGAGUCUGAAAACUGAGGCCCGAUCGCUCCUUGACGAAAUCAAGCACUCGUCAGACUUGACAAAGUCAUUUAAUUCUGAUACUACAAAAGAGAUACGUGAAGUUAAAGGUGCAAUCCAACGAAUGCAGAAUGCACCUACAAAACCAAAAGAACCUAAGGCGCCUACCGCUGCUUCAAAACCACAUGAGCCUUGUGAGGAUAUGCCCCUGGCACAUUUACAGUCUGAGAUCAUCAAAGACAAUGUCCAAACUCAAGCUCCCACCAUAUCUUCCCAGCGACAAGAACCUCAUCAGGAUUUACCUAGAACAUCUCCUCACUCUGCCAGAGGUCGUACUACAAAUGCCCCAAAAGAUCAAACCCAAAAGCCAAUACGUACUCUCUACUUGAAUAGGUCAACAACCUCCCUAAUUAUUGGUGACUCUCGACUAAGAAAAGUUAAACCGCAAAAUCUUGGUGCACCUGUAGCAGUACGUACCUAUGGAGGUGCUACCCUAUCAAAUAUCAAGGAUUCUAUAGAUUCUAGCAAAGAUAGUCCUAAUCUUAGAAACAUCACACUUCAAGCUGGAAUCAUCGACAUAAAAAAUGGUUCGUCCAUGCUUGACAUCAAAGCUGAUACAAUGUUACUUAUUGAGACAGCUAAAUCUAAAUUUCCAAAUGCCAAAUUCCUCAUCUCAUCUAUAAUACCGAUGCUGAGCCACAAACUGAAUGAAUCUGUGAGGGAAGCGAACACCAUGCUUGAAUCAUUGGCAAAGUCGACUCCCAAUGUUUCCUACCACUCAUGUUAUGAACAAUUUGGAAGAUUCAACACAGUAGAUCGCAAUCUUUUCUAUGAUCAGUCUCAUCUCAAUGAUGCUGGUGUAGCAAAGCUUGAGACAUUUCUAAAAUCCCUUCCUGGAAACUGUGAAUCCCCCACGGAAUCUAUACCUCAAGUCUCUGACGCAACUCAAACUGCUGUUUCCGACUCAACUGCCAGUAUCCAACCAGUGCAUCCUUCUAAUACCCCGAUUCCACAAUCAAACAACCCCCGCUAUGCUCCUGUACAACCAUAUGUGCAUGACAUACACUCUGGAUUUAACUCAUAUAACCCCACUGCUGUCCAUCCCGCCCAUGUUUUACCUCAAGGACAUCAGCGCUGGGCACAGUAUGCUCCACCACCUUAUGGAUGGCAAUGGAACCAACAUCAACCUCAGGCCUCCCAGGUCAACUCAGGACUACACAAUAUGCCUAUUAUGGCAUAUUAA